GACGAUGAAAUAAUAGGGUGGGGAAAGUUGGGCCCAUUUGAUUAGCAUAGGGCGGGCCCAGUGUUUGUUUGUUCAACUGUCUUCUCUUCCCAACUGGUAAACGGAGAAUCUCCACACACACAAUACAAUUCCCUCUUUCUCUUCUCUUCUCUUCUCUUCUGCACCAACUCCAACCAUGGCGGACAAGGGUAUACCAUUGCCCAAGUUUGGGGAAUGGGAUGUGAAUGAUCCAGCUUCAGCUGAGGGAUUUACAGUUAUUUUCAAUAAAGCUAGGAAUGAGAGGAAAACUGGUGCUAACAUUCAUUCACCACCAAAGGAUCUUAACACCAAGCACAAACAUCAAGUUGUUCUUGGUGGCAAGCCCCAAUCUAAAAAAUGGUUUUGCUGCAUAAAGGCAUCUGCUGAAUCAUGAGAAGGCUUUUGAACUCAACAUAAUUCCGGAAGUCUGGAGCUUCAUUCAAAGCUAUGAUGGGUAUUGCGGGAAUCUUUUUUGUCAUGACAGUUCUGUACUUUGGGCUUGGGGAUAAAACAAUUAGGAAGCAAAUAUUAUAUUAUAUUUAUGAUUUCUAGUGAUUUAUCACUUGAAUUUGUGUUGGUUCAAUACAUGUUGGAUUCAGUCUUACAUGGCAGUUUUUUGGAUUCAAGCUUUUUAUCGACUCUUCUCUAUAUUGUUUCAAAGUGGUGUUGGUGUUUGUGUAUCUAUUUUAUAUUUCAUUUCAUGUUGGUAUAA